GGAAUACUGAAUUAGUUAUAAGCAGAAGUCAUUGAAAGCUUGAAGGAAGCGACCUAAUCGUUUAAAUAAUAAAUGGCAUCUUCCCCUUUAAACAACUUCAGCACCGAAGUUUCGCUUCUAAAUCGAACCAUGGAGCACCAAGGAAAUUUUAGCAGUGGACAAGGACAUGAAGAUGAACUCUUCGACCCUCUGUCAUACAAAAUUAUGGUCAUCACGUUCUUUUCUGUGAUCUUCGCAUUCGGUUUUCUCGGUAACGUGUCAGUGCUUGGAACGAUUUUAAAAUUGAAACAAUUAAGAAAUCCUUGUGGUUUUUUAAUUGGCACUAUCGCUUUGGCGGACUUGGGCGUUGCCCUUGUAGCUGCUCCAUUAAGAAUUGCUGACCUCUACCUUAAGGGAUGGCCAUUUGGAGGUGCGCUUUGUAGACUUAUUGUCCCACUUCAAGAUGUGUUGGUGUGCGUUUCGGUGGUUACCCAUUCGACGAUCGCUUGGGAGAGGUACAGAGCCACUGUAACUCCGUUCAAGCCCCGGCUCUCAGCAACGAGGAUUAAAUUUGUCAUCUUGGGAAUAUGGGUGUCUUGCUACAUUUUUAGCGGACUGCCAUUGGUGAUUCCGCUGAAGUUACUGCCCUUUAAUGGAGCUCUACAUUGCCUCCCCGCUUGGUCCGACCUCUACCGCAGGAUAUACGAAAUAUAUCUAGUGCUGGUAUUUAUCGUAGCUCAGCUUAUCAUCCAGAGCUAUGCUUAUGUGAGCAUCAUCCGGACUCUCAAGACAAAGAGCGAUGUAAUUGAGAUGGUUGAAAAAGAUCGAAAAAUAUCAACGGCUUCAGGCGCCUCGAUUCCGUUUAACUCAGGCGCCCCGUGCACCGCAAUGGUCGUUCGGAUGAAACGGAAGCGAAAGCUGGUGAAAAUGCUUUUGGUUUUGGUGACAGGUUUUCAGAUUUGUCACCUUCCGCGCGGAGUUACGAUGUUGUAUCGAGAAUUCGCUGAUCCUGUACUUAUCACUCCUGCUUUUAAUUACAUUGAUCUCGUAGCUUUGGCUCUUUACUAUCUCAAACACGUCAUAAAUCCAUUGAUUUUGUUCACGAUGAGUGAAGACUUCAGAAGUGGAAUGGAAUUAAUCUGUGGCUGUUAUAACGAGAAAAAACGAAGCAAAAGUGACACCGAGUCGACAAAGCUUGUUACAACGCGUUUAGAAGACACGCCGGUACUCGAGCGAAGGGUUAACACUUUGGAAACAACAGUUUAGAAUCAAACAUUUUCGACGCAGUGUUAAAGACAAAACAAGAUUGAAUCGAAUUAAGAGAAGUUCAAUUCCUCUCUGGUUUAAAAUAAUGCAACAAACUUUUCGAAGAGAAAAUAAUUUCUACAUGUUUCAAAGUUACGUAAAGCCAAAUACAAAAGCCAUAUUCAGUUUGGUGUACAAAAAUGUAUUUAAAUCUAACAAGAAGUUUGAGUAAAAAAUUAAUUAAGGGCUUGAAGGAAGUUUGUUUCGGUUCAUGAAUUGUGGGUGAAUCAAUUAAGUGCUCACCUGUUUGUUGAAAGCCGCCACAAAGCAGGGGUGGGAGGUGA